AUGACUCGUCGAAUGAAGAACAGAGAAAGGCAACGCAGAUAUAGAGCUCGAAAACGUCUAGAAGAAGAAUUAAACAAGGCUUCGACCCUGAAACAAGCCACUCAGAUGCAGUGCAUAGACUCUUGCAACAGUUCUAAUAUGCCUGCAACAACAUCAACCAGUGACACUCAAAUGCAGUGCAUAGCUUCCGAUCUCGAACCACAAUUAGAAACGCAAUCACAUUCGGAGUCGCCUUCUGAACAGGUCGUCUCCGACACAGCGAAAAAGGUACUCGGUCGAAGAAAUUGGAAAGCAGAUGCCAGAAAGAAGAAUUGCAGGUCUGAGAUGUAG